AACAUGGGCGGGUAUAAUCACGCAUAUAGACAAUUCAGUCGGUUACAACUGUAGUAUCGACUCAAAAUUAAACUUCCUCCAAACCCCAAACCCCAUUCCUCAUCACUCCAUUUGUUUCUUCAAUUACGUUCUCAUUUUUUUUUCUCGGCGACCUUCAUGAACGAUUCUUCGAUGUUCCCGCCAAUAAAUGAAGCGGCAGCUGAAAAAUCACGCCGUAACUUACCGGAGAACGUGAUUGUCGCCGUGAAGGCGGAGGAGAAGGUCGUCUCAAAAGCAGCUUUGGGUUGGGCUCUUACGCAUGUUGUUCAUCCCGGCGAUUGUGUUAUCUUGCUUGCAGUAUAUCCCGGUGUCAAAUCAAGUCGGAAAUCAUGGAGCUGGCGGCGGUUGAGUGGAGAUUGCCGGAACAGUGUCGACUGUGUUAAUCUUAAUCUACCUGAUCGGAUAUGUCAAAUCUCAGAAUCAUGUUCAAGAAUGGUGCUCCAAUUUCAAAAUCAAUUCGAGGUAAUGGUGCAAAUCAAGGUCGUGCCAGCUUUUCCUUCGGGAGCUGUGGCAGCUCAAGCAAAGUACAAUGCCGCCAGUUGGGUCAUACUGGAUAAGAAACUAAAACAAGAACUUAAACACUGUAUGGAUGAAUUACAAUGCAACAUCGUAGUAAUGAAAGGGUCCGAACCAAAAGUCCUUAGACUCAAUUUAGGCCACUCAGAUGACCUACAAACCCCGUAUUUUUCAACAGUUUCAUCACCAAGUGUCGACCCUGAAACACUCUUAGGCCAUGGAAUAAAUCAUUCUACUCCCGUCAGUAGUCCAGAAGAAACCUCCGUUUUUUCUCCACAAUCAUCUACCAAAAACCUUUUCCUUAUCUACAAACAAAACCCACUUUUCGAAACCCUAAUCAAAUCAAAACUCAAAAAACCCAACAACCAAAACGACAAACUUAUCCCAAUCGACUCUUGUAGUGAAAAAAUCAUAACUCUGUCUCUCAUACCAAGACAUUACGAUGAAGAUAGUUAUAAUUCGGGAAUAAGAGAAGUGGUUUCUUUAGGUAAAACGUCAUCACUACCACCUCCACUGUGUUCCCUUUGUCAACACCAAGCUCCUGCCAUGGUCAAACCUUUGCGACAGUUUUACUAUAGUGAGCUUCAAGAAUCCACAGAUGGGUUUUCUGAAUCAAGCUUUGUGGCAGAAGGUGAAAUGUGGGUUGUUCAUCGAGGGGUGUUAAAAGAUGGGUUAGUGGUUGCGGUCAAACGGUCAAAGCUUUAUGGGUCUGAUAAUGAUGUUGAAUUUUGUAAGGAGGUGAGAGUGUUGAGUUGUGCACAACAUAAAAAUGUUGUGUUGUUGGUUGGGUUUUGCAUUGAAGGGAAUCGAAGGUUGUUAGUUUAUGAGUAUGUGUGCAAUGGCUCCCUUGACAUCCAUUUACAUGAGAACAAGAAAACACAUUUAGAUUGGGCAUCACGUUUGAAAAUAGCAAUUGGAACAGCAACAGGAUUACGUUAUCUUCAUGAAGAUUGCAGAGUGGGGUGUAUAGUUCACAGAGACAUGCGUCCUAAAAACAUCCUUUUAACUCAUGAUUAUGAACCUUUGGUUGCCGACUUUGGGCUCGUUAGCUUGCACACUGAACAAGACACAUUCGAUGAAGAACGAGUCAUUGGAACUUCAGGGUAUCUAGCACCAGAAUACUUUAAUGGAGAACCAAUAACAGAAAAAGUUGAUAUAUACGCAUUUGGAUUAGUAUUACUAGAGCUAAUCACGGGUAUAAGAAUAAGUGAACUACAAUGUUACAAGGCACGUGAUUUUUGGCAUGAUAUUUAUGCGUCACAAGAAAUGGAAUUUGUACAUCUUUUAGCGUAUAAGCAUAAAUUGGUUGACACGCGUUUAGGCUCUUAUCAACCUUCAAAUUUUCCACUUGAAUUGCACGCUAUUGGUCAUGCUGCCUCCUUGUGUCUUCAAAAAAAUCCAGAAUCUAGACCCCCUAUGUCAAAGGUACUUAAAGUGUUGGAGGGAGACACAAGGAGUCAUUUGGUUCUAGACAUGAACUUAGCUGGAAACAGAAGUGGGCACAUGCAAAAAGCUGUCAUUUUCAAUGAGAAAAUUGACAACAUGGGGCACUAUCGGAGACUGUCCUACUGAAAUUGCAACAUAGUUUUAUUUAUUUGUGUAUUAUAAGUAUAUCGUCUUAUUUUCAUUUCUUUCUAUUACAAUUUUCAAUUAUUUAUAUAUUUGUUAUUAAGGUGUUGUGCUUUGAAAAUUUUAUCCAAUUAUAAUGUUGUACUUUCAAUUGUUCUUUUAUGUACAUUUGAAAAACUCAACCAACUUAUAAGAGUGAAAGUUGCUUUCGAUUUGCCA